CGGGAGGCUCCUGCGCUCCUGUAUAAACAGAAACCCAGCUGUAACUUCGGGUCGCGGCGCAGUAGCCGGAGCCAGAGCUGAAGGCGCGCGGCGCCCGGCCCCGCAGCGAGGGCCCCGGCAAAGGUCAGGGCUCGGGCCGCGUGACGUUCCCGCCCCGGCCCGCGCGAGCGCCGCGCCGCAGAGUCUGGGUCACACGAGGCGUUAGAGAGGACCCCUGGCACCAGCUUGCCCCGCCGACACCCCCUGUUCCCGGGCUCAAGGACGAGGUUCGGACUUUCCUCAACGGGAACUCCAGAAAUUGAUUUGGAAAUCCCAAGCAAGCACCUGAAUUUUCCUUUAUAUUCUUGUCCAGCAUCCCAUAAAGAACCAGCAAAUCAAAUUGGGUGGUUUGGUCUGCACCGCCCGUGGAUGCCUGUGACAUUAUGACCGCAGAGGAUUCCACCGCAGCCAUGAGCAGCGACUCGCCCGCGGCGGCGGCGGCGGCGGCGGCGGCGGCGGCAGCGGCCAAGGUGCCCGAGGGCGUGGCCGGGGCGCCCAACGAGGCGGCGCUGCUGGCGCUGAUGGAGCGCACGGGCUACAGCAUGGUGCAGGAGAACGGGCAGCGCAAGUACGGCGGGCCGCCGCCCGGCUGGGAGGGCCCGCACCCGCAGCGCGGCUGCGAGGUCUUCGUGGGCAAGAUCCCGCGCGACGUGUACGAGGACGAGCUGGUGCCCGUGUUCGAGGCGGUGGGCCGCAUCUACGAGCUGCGCCUCAUGAUGGACUUCGACGGCAAGAACCGCGGCUACGCCUUCGUCAUGUACUGCCACAAGCACGAGGCCAAGCGCGCCGUGCGCGAGCUCAACAACUACGAGAUCCGCCCGGGCCGCCUGCUGGGCGUGUGCUGCAGCGUGGACAACUGCCGCCUCUUCAUCGGCGGCAUCCCCAAGAUGAAGAAGCGCGAGGAGAUCCUGGAGGAGAUCGCCAAGGUCACCGAGGGCGUGCUGGACGUGAUCGUGUACGCCAGCGCGGCCGACAAGAUGAAGAACCGCGGCUUCGCCUUCGUGGAGUACGAGAGCCACCGCGCCGCGGCCAUGGCGCGCCGCAAGCUCAUGCCCGGCCGCAUCCAGCUCUGGGGCCACCAGAUCGCCGUGGACUGGGCCGAGCCCGAGAUCGACGUGGACGAGCACGUCAUGGAGACCGUCAAGAUCCUCUACGUGCGCAACCUCAUGAUCGAGACCACCGAGGACACCAUCAAGAAGAGCUUCGGCCAGUUCAACCCGGGCUGCGUGGAGCGCGUCAAGAAGAUCCGCGACUACGCCUUCGUGCACUUCGCCAGCCGCGAGGACGCCGUGCACGCCAUGAACAGCCUCAACGGCACCGAGCUCGAGGGCUCGUGCCUCGAGGUCACGCUGGCCAAGCCCGUGGACAAGGAGCAGUACUCGCGCUACCAGAAGGCGGCCAAGGGCGGCGGCGGCGGCGGCGUGGCCGAGGCGGCGGCCGUGCCGCACCCGGGCUACGUCUACUCCUGCGACCCCUACACGCUGGCCUACUACGGCUACCCCUACAACGCGCUCAUCGGGCCCAACCGGGACUACUUCGUGAAAGGCAGCAUACGAGGCCGGGGUCGAGGUGCAGCUGGCAACAGAGCCCCAGGGCCCAGGGGCUCCUACCUGGGGGGAUACUCUGCUGGCCGAGGCAUAUACAGCCGAUAUCACGAAGGGAAAGGAAAGCAGCAGGAGAAGGGAUAUGAGCUCGUCCCAAACCUGGAGAUCUCCGCAGUCAACCCCGUGGCCAUCCAGCCUGGGACAGUGGCCAUCCCUGCCAUCGGGGCUCAGUAUUCCAUGUUCCAGGCCGCGCCUGCUCCUAAAAUGCUCGAAGAUGGCAAAAUCCAUACCAUGGAACACAUGAUCAGCCCCAUCGCGGUGCAGCCCGACCCGGCCAGUGCGGCUGCCGCCGCCGCUGCCGCUGCCGCCACAGCGGCCAUCAUCCCGGCCGUGUCCACGCCGCCACCAUUCCAGGGCCGCCCAAUAACUCCAGUGUACACGGUGGCUCCAAAUGUUCAGAGAAUUCCCACUGCUGGGCUCUAUGGAGCCAGCUAUGUCCCCUUCGCUGCUCCGGCCACAGCCACAAUUGCCACACUACAGAAGAACGCGGCCGCCGCAGCUGUCUACGGCGGCUACCCAGGCUACAUACCUCAGGCCUUCCCCGCUGCUGCUAUUCAGGUGCCCAUCCACGAUGUCUACCAGACAUACUGAGCCUGCCCACGAGCGCGGAGCCCACGCCCGGGCUCCCCCUGAAGGAACCCCUUUCCUAUUUAUGAAGAAAGCACAUGUUGGAUUAGCACCCAGACGAAGCCUGAAAGUGAAGAAUGUUAUUCUAUAUCAUACUGAAAUCUUUUAUACUCAUGAAGUUUUCACUAGUUUGGGUUUUAUUUUUUUUCCUUUUUUUUUUUUUAAGACUUAUUUUCAACUUAGCAGGCCUGCGUGUGUCCAUUUCCAAGAGACUGGCAGCAGGCUCGUGCCUUAAUACCAUCUCUUAAAAGAUUUGUAUGCCGUCGUACAUUUGUAUAGAGGUUUUUUUUGUUUUUGUAUUUUUAAGGAUAUAUUUUCAGUAUGAAGGUUAUUUUCUUAAUGUCUGCACUCCAGAGAUUUCUAUUUUGUAGUACCUGCAAUAAUAUAUCAACUCUAGGUUUUAAAAAUAGGCACCCUCAAGCCACUAAAGGGUCUUAUUUUGAGAAAUAUAUUCACUAUUUAAAGAUACGAAACAAUAGUGCUUUAAAAUACUACAAGAAACAAUUAUUUUAAAAGUUAUACUGGAAAGUGCAAUUUUGAAAUGAGUCAGACCUCUAUUCCUGCUGGCACUAAGGGUUGACGGUGUUACCACGUGUUAUCCGCGAUGGUUCUGUUUUCUAAGAGCAACUCAGCACUCCGUCUCUGUCCUUAAGCCAGCGUUGAAGAGACUUGUCACGCUUCUGAGUCCAAACACUGGAACGUUCUCCCUCCUGUCGCCGUGAUCCUGGGCCCCUCAAGCUUUAGCAUCUUGUGCCUUUGCUCAUCAUCACCGUCCCUCCCAGCCCCCACCCCUCCCCCGCCCAGUUUAGUUGGGCAUUUGUAGACUUCCCCGGGUAGAGAAAAUGUGGGUUACUUUCAUACUUCUUGGGAUUUGUUGUUGUUGCUGUGGUCCUUGUGGAGUUGUUUUUUUUUUUUUUUCUGUUGUUUGUUUGGGUCGGGGAGGUCUUGGUAAUAGCGGAGUAUGUAUAAGCACAAAAUUUGAAUAGUUUGCAGAAGACAUCCUUGCAUAGCUGUUUAAUUGUUCAGAGUAUCAAAGUCCUUUUCAGUCCAUUUCUAAUGCUUUUAUUUUGUUCACUUUUUCUUUUUUGAAGUCUGAGUUUUGUAGAGACAGAGAAUGUUAUUUUAGAGGACCCCUGCCCCCCCCACCUCCCAAGAACUCUUUGUUGCAGAAAGUUAUACUUCUGGUUGCCUUAUCUUGUCUGGCCAUCAAGGGUGUUGGAAAUAUGAUUGAACAGGGCGUGGCUACUUGGCUGUAGGUGGCCCUGUGCUCAGGUGAACCACUGGGUCCUGUGCAUCCAGGCAGAGUUUGUAAAUAUCUCCUAAUUCUCCCCUGUAGUUGUUUUGUUGUUAUUGUUGUUGUUGUGGUUCAUACUCCAUAGUGUAGUGCAAAAUGAAAGCAUUUUAUUUUAUUUCAAUGUUAUUAAGAAGGCUGGUUGUAUUGGGGGAGCAAAUGUUUUCGGGGGAUUUUUUUUUUUUUUUGCAGUGUUUUGUGCCUAUUUUAAAGGCUUUUGUUUAGCAGAGUGAAUGUAAAAUACAGCAAAAUGUUAAGUGUUGUCAUCUACUUUAUGAAACAUCAACUUGGAACUUUUUUUUUUUUUUUGGUUUUGGGUUUUUUUUGUUUGUGUUUUUAAGGUCCUGUGAGGUGUGCAAAGGUUGUGUUAUUGUAUCAUAAGAGAGAUCUAUCAAAAUUAUUCCACCUACUGAGUUUUGGGUUAAUGGGUUAAUGGUGGAAUUCUUCUGGAGUAAAUAAUAGGACCAUGCCAUUCACAGAUAUUUCAGUUUUGUUUUAAAUUUUAAAUUAAGAGAUUUUUCCCUAAGGGCCUUUCUUCUCUCCCUUCCUCCUCCCCCCUUUAUGGGUGAGAUGAUAUUUUAUAUAUAAGCAAUAUUUAUUUAACUAUUCUAUAAAAUUAUUGAGUGCCCGCAAGGCCUUUAAACAUUCCUAACAUUCCUUUUCAUCAUUCUUAUGUGACAUCAAGUGAUUGUGCAGUAUCUCUGUGAUAUCCCCUGCAGCCACAGCUUGGCUCGAGUCCUUGGGAACGAGUCAGCCCACCAGACACAGUUUAGAGCCAUCCUUGUGCCUUGACCUUGUGUGAAAGCAAUUCAACGCCCUCUCUCCCACGUAGGGUUGGUGCAGAGGUUCUCUGGAGGACACUGGGCCAGGGGUCUUACUGUAUUUUACAUGUGCCUAUAAAUUAUU